AACCAGAAGCAUUGAACAAGUUACAAUGGGACUUGUUCAAAAUACAAGAAUCUCAGUUCUUCUAAUCUUGCUAUGUCGCUUUUCUUUAGAAUCUGGCUCUGCCACAGACACCAUUACUUCUUUUCAACCCAUCAAAGACUCUGACUACAUAAUCUCCAAUGGAAGUACUUUCAAAUUGGGAUUCUUCAGCCCUGUAAAUUCUACCAAUCGGUACCUCGGAAUAUGGUAUAAUAAAAAUUCAGGUUUCCCUGCCCAAUGGGUAUGGGUAGCCAACAGACAAAACCCCCUGAAGGACGCUUCCGGGGUUGUCCGUAUAUCUGAGGAUGGAAAUCUUGUAGUUUUAGAUGGACAAAAAAGGAUAAUUUGGUCAUCGAAAGCCACAAACUCUGUUGUCAAUUCAAAUGCCAAGCUUUUAGAUUCAGGGAACCUAGUCUUGCAAGACACUAAUGGGUCAACCAUAUGGGAGAGUUUCCAAUUUCCUACCGAUACAAUGUUGCCCAAUAUGAAAAUUAGUUCUAAUGCAAGAACAGGUAAGAAAGAUCAGUUGACACCAUGGAAAAGCCCUUCUGAUCCAUCCAUUGGAAGCUUCUCGUGUGGUAUGAAACCUCAAAGUCUUCCUCAAGCAUUUAUUUGGAAAGACGGUAGCCCAUUUUGGCGCAGUGGCCCGUGGAACACUCGGAACUUUAUUGGAAUACCAGAAAUGUAUUCUGUAUAUCAUCAUGGAUUUAGUCUCGUAGAUUAUCCAGAUGGAACAUUAUCUUUAAGUUUCUUUUAUGUGAACCUGUCUUUGUCACAUUUUGUCCUGACUACGCAAGGAGAUUUAGAGCUAAUAUAUUGGGAUAAUGAGAAGGACGAUUGGGAGGUCCGGUGGAAAGCUUUGAAGACUGAGUGCCAUGUUUAUGGUAAGUGUGGUGCAUUCGGAAGCUGUGAUUCACGGAAUUCACCAAUUUGCAGCUGUUUACUGGGGUUUGAGCCAAAUAACACAAUAGAAUGGAGUAGAGGAAAUUGGGCUAGCGGAUGUGUGAGGAGGACGCCCUUGCAGUGUGGGAGGGUGAACGGUACCGGUGGUGAAGCCAGCAAAAUGGAUGGGUUUUUGAAACAGAAGAUGAUGAAGGUGCCAGACUUUGCAGAUUGGUCAGCUGCUCAUGAAGACGAUUGCAGGCAGCAGUGUUUACAGAAUUGUUCUUGUAUAGCUUAUGCAUAUGAUACUGGCACGGGGUGUAUGUCAUGGACUAGAAGCUUGAUUGACACACUCCAAUUCUCCAGCGGCGGAGUUGAUCUUUACAUUCGUGUUGCCUAUUCAGAACUUGAUAAAGAGGGAGAUGUGAAAAAAAUUAUCACAAUCAUAGUGGUAAUAGGAACAGUUUCCAUUUCAAUAUGCACUUUCGUAUUGUGGAGGUGGAUAGCUAAACAUAAAGCAAUGAAAAAGAAAGCAAAGGGAAUCUUGUUGUUCAACAGAGAGGAAGCACACAAAAAAUUCCCCAGUGAAAACAUGUUUGGAGACAACCUGAACCAAGUUCAGGUCCAGGAGCUACCGUUAUUCAAUUUUGAGAAGCUGGCGAGUGCAACAAACAACUUCCAUCAAUCUAACAAGCUUGGGCAGGGUGGUUUUGGUCCCGUAUAUAGGGGAAAAUUGUCAGAUGGACAAGUGGUUGCAGUAAAAAGACUCUCCAAAACUUCAGGACAAGGGUUAGAAGAAUUUAUGAAUGAGAUGGUAGUAAUUUCUAAACUCCAACAUCGGAAUCUUGUUAGGCUCCUUGGCUGCUGUGUCGAAGGACAAGAGAGAAUGUUGAUAUAUGAAUACAUGCCAAACAAAAGUCUAGAUGCAUUCCUCUUCGAUCCACACAAAGAAAAACUGCUAGAUUGGAGAAGACGCUUCAACAUUAUUGAAGGAAUUGGUCGUGGUUUGCUCUACCUUCAUAGGGAUUCGAGAUUAAGGAUUAUUCAUAGAGAUCUAAAGGCAAGUAACAUCUUGUUGGACAAAGAGCUAAAUCCAAAAAUAUCAGAUUUUGGUAUGGCCCGGAUUUUUGGAGGUAAUGAAGACCAGGCCAAUACUAAUAGGGUUGUCGGAACUUAUGGUUAUAUGUCUCCUGAAUAUGCAAUGGAAGGGCGAUUUUCAGAGAAAUCAGAUGUUUUCAGUUUUGGGGUUUUGUUACUAGAGAUAUUAAGUGGAAGAAGAAACUAUAGCUUUAAUAAGGAUGAGCCAUCUAUGAGCCUUUUAGGAUUUGCAUGGAAAUUGUGGAAUGCAAACAACAUUAUGGCCUUAAUCGACCCAAUGAUAUCUGAACCAUGUUUUGAAAUGGAGAUUUUGAGAUGCAUACAUGUCGGAUUGUUGUGUGUGCAAGAUUUUGCCGAAGAUAGGCCGAAUGUAUCUGUUGUUAUCUCCAUGCUUAAAAGUGAGAUUGUUGAUCUUCCUCAUCCAAAGCAGCCUGCAUUUACUGAAAGGCAGAUUGCCUUAGAUACUGACUCUUCUCAAAGCUGCUCUGUUAACAAUGUAACAGUUACAAGGGUUCAAGGUCGAUAGCUAGCAAGUGUUAUUGACAUGAAUAUUGAUUCCUCUAUUCCCUCUUUAAUGUCCACAAUUAGUUCAA